AUGGACUUGACGGAAAAAUAUACAGACCAAUUUAAAUUAGUCUUCUUUAGUGAAGAUAACAUUGCAAGCAUUGCUAUCUCAGCAGAUCAACAAUUUAUAGCAGUAUUAAUGUACUGGAAGAUUGUUAUAAUUAAGCUCCAAAAUGAUAGCAUUUGCUACUAUGAAACCAUCUAUUGCGUAGAAAAAAUUCACGAUAUCACAUUCGUACCUGGCAUGAGCGGCCUAUUUGCUUAUGACAAAGUUUCUAAGCAACGUCUAUAUCGAUUUACUAUAAAUGACAAUGAUGCUCAAAUGCAAGAAGCCAAACUACCUCUCUUUGAUCUGGAAUCGGAAAAAUUCAUCAGAACUGAUCACAUCAUCAUCGAUACCAGCCAUGUGUUUAGUGACAAUGUCCCAGUGGCACUGCAAUUAAUUAAAUAUCAAAAGGAAAAAUGUUGCUAUUUAAAGUUAUUCGAAGGAGAAAAUUUAGAGCAAACGCUAAUGGGCAAACUUCAGCAGAAUUAUAAUCGCUGUUUUUUACACGAAAAUUAUAAGUCAAUUAUCUUAUUUCGAAAUGAUCUGUGCAAAUCAGCCGACUGUUUAAAUGAAUUUAGACUCGAAUCAGGAUUAGGAACAGAACACUGGCAUAUUACCUUAGCUAAAAUUUCAAAUUACCGCUACCUUAACAAAAUCUCCAACAAUCAAGCAGACGAAAGGUUUAUCAAUUACUCUAUGGCUUAUGGCAUAAACCCUAGCGAUUAUAAUAUACCUACACCUUAUCAAAUAGAAGAUACUGAAUUCAAUGUACUGGCAUCUAGAUACAGAGAAAGCGAUGAUAUAAUCAUUUUCAUAAUAGAAAUUAAGUAUAUACAAAGGAAUCAUAGACUGAUCAUAUUUACAGCUAAUUGCCAAGACGAAACUAGUUCCAUCUAUUCUGAUACCAAAGAAGCAAAGUACGAAAAUAUCCAGAUCGUUUAUUUCGAUGACAAUUGCUUAAUUACUCAUCAGCAUAUCCAAGAUAGUCAAAAUACUUCGCAAAGCACCAUUGAUAUAUACAAGCUAAAUCAAACAAAUGACAAUGAGAAACUAUAUAAAUCUCACAAAUAUCAACGAGAAGAUAUAGGCGUCAUCAGCAAACUAGUUAUACAUGGAAAUGAACUGUCCGAUGAAAUUGAUGUCGAUUUUUCGCCUUUUAAGGACGAUCAUGAUAUUUUAACAAUAGAUUUUGACCUUGAAGGCAACAUCGAUGAUAUUCUUCAACAGCAAUUUGAAAAGGAAUAUUCUCUUACUCACUGCACAGAAUAUUUCAUCAUCCAAAAAGAAAACGAUAUUCUGGUUUUAGCUGUAGCCAACAACAUGACUAAAAUUUUAACAUACUGCUGUAGCAAUGGGAAACACUAUAAUUUCGAAUUUGUUCUGGAUCUUAAAAAGAUUAGCAACUUAUGGUCUAGUCAGCGUUUAGCAUUUAUCAAAGAUAAGAGUCAAAUUCAUAUUUACGAUAAAUGCAAAAUACAGUUAUUGCAAGUUAUACAAUCACCUAUUAAUGAUGAAUAUAGCGAAAUAUUAGGCAACGAGAAUCAAUCAUCGUUCAUUUGUCGAACUAAUGAUCGUGAAUACAUUGUUUAUAAAGCAAUAGAGACGGCUAAUUGUGAGGUGGAUAGGCCUGAAUGUGGGUUCAUGAAAGUUAAAUGA